UACGGCUCUGGCGAGGAACCAGAGAAAUGGCAACUACGCAAUCUGUCUUCACAUUUGCUCUCUGUAUUUUAAUGAUAACUGAAUUAAUAUUGGCUACAGAGAGCUAUUAUGAUAUCUUAGGAGUUCCAAAAAAUGCAUCUGACCGCCAGAUCAAGAAGGCAUUUCACAAGCUGGCUAUGAAAUACCAUCCAGACAAAAAUAAGAGUCCUGGUGCAGAAGCAAAAUUUAGAGAAAUUGCUGAAGCGUAUGAAACAUUAUCAGAUGAGAAUAAACGAAGAGAAUAUGAUCAGUUUGUCCAUCAUGAAAGGCAAGGAAAUAAUGGAAGCCCAUUCCAUCAGUCAUUUAACUUCAACUUUGAUGAUCUGUUCAAAGACUUUGACCUCUUUAGUCAAAACUCACGGUCGAAAAAGCACUUUGAAAAUCACUUCCGAAGUCAUCGGGAAGCUCACAAUCGGCAAAGACGUUCUUUCCAAGAGUUCUCCUUUGGCAGUGGACUGUUUGAUGAUGUGUUUGAAAAUAUGGAAAAAAUGUUUUCAUUUAGUGACUUUGAAAAUGCACAACGACAUGCGGUGCGAACUGAUACCAGGUUUCACGGAUCCAGCAAGCACUGCAGGACUGUCACUCAGAGACGAGGGAACAUGGUUACCACUUAUACAGACUGUUCCGGACAAUAACAUUUUCUUUCUUUUCAUCUCUUUUUUUUCUUCUUCUUUCAAUACCUUUAUAAUCAACCUUGGUUUUGUGCUAACAUGGAAAAAAUUAUUUGAACUGUUUGUUCUAAAAAACACUUAACUGCUAUAAAGAAAUUGUAGAUGAAACUAACCUUCAGAAUAGAAACAACAUGCGUUUGAGAAGUAGCUGUCUCAGUAACUGCUUAGAAUGGGAGAGAAAUAAUACCAUGUGACAGAAGAAGUUAUUUCAGUUUAGUAAACACUUUCCAUAAAUUUGAGCUUCACCACAAGAUAUGUAUUUUUCAUUUCAGAAGUGUAAUAUAUUUUCAUAUAUGCCAAUUCAGGACUGUUUGAGUUAUUGGUGCAUGGAUUGCAGCAGAGGAGAUACUUUAAUUUUGAAGUGCUGCUUUUUUUUUUUUAUCACGUCUUUCCAAAUGUUCACUUGCAAUUUUUACCUAAUAAGGACUUAUUGUGCAAAGUAGAUAAUUUACACAAAAAUAGCGGAUAUAUGACUUACCUGGGUCUUUGUUACUCUGUCCAGCAUUGCAAAUGUAUUAAUAAGACACUUUUUAAAGUUAGAAAGUAACAAGAGAGAAUAUGUUGAGACUGUGCUUCACUCAGGAGAGUGAUGUAGGAAUUACGUUUAUUUCCAAGUAGCCUUUCACUGGCCUGAAAAGAUUUUAGGAUUUGAAUAACCCUUGACUUAUUUAAGGGAUAUUCAUGUAAGUAAGUCUGUGUGCACACAAGGUACCCUUUUUUUUUUUUUUUUUUUUCUUCCAGAAUACAAAUAUCUCUUUAACGAGGUUUGGAAGAGUAUACUGAAAACACUUUUGAUUUAUGCUUGUUAUGUUACCGUAGCUGAGUUUAGUGAACUUAAAUACUCCUCUGUGCUCUUAUGAACUUAAAAGUUUAAGAUAAGCUUGCCUACAGAUUCCUAGUGUUUCUGGAAGGGUCUAAAUAAAAAAUAGAUUGUGUUUAGAUUGACAGAUUUAUUACCUGUCAGCAGGAUUUUUUCAGCGUUGUGAUUUGAAAGGUAAAUUCUUAGCAUAAACACAAAGUAAAACUGAAAAUGACAAUUGGUAUGUUCAUCAAAUGCCUUGUGGUGCUGGAAAUCUGAUAACGAGGACAGUGCUAAUGUGUAACAAUUUCAGCACCAUAGAAAUCCAUAACCAGUCUAAACUAUUUAAAACCAAAAAGAAGGAAAAAAACCCACCCAAACCCCCUGAAUACUUUAACUGAUGUCGAUCUAAAAGUUCUGGUUUAUUUCUUAACGAGUAGUACAGGUUUAGUAUAUUAAAUUGGGUCCCCUUAAUAGGAUUGCUGUCACCCACAUAUUGCUAUCCCUUUAGAAUUGUGAGAUAAGAAUUUACCUUUCAGAUUGAUUGCAUGAGCAAAAUGAGCAUUUUAAACAGCAGUGUUCUAAAUAGGCUUUGAGUUCUUAAAAUCUUUCUCAAAAGAGAUUUAACCCUUUGCUUCUCAGAUGGAUAUUGAAAGCUGCCUAUUUGCUAAGUAACUUUAACCUUCCCCUCAAGGGUAUGUGUUAUUGCUUGUUCAGUUUUCAUUCACUAAAUACUUGGAAUGGAUUGUUGCAUAAUAUUAAGUGCUUUUCCUUUUUCAUGUUCUUCUUUAUUUAUUAAUAGACUAAUACCUCAUAUAUGGUCUUUAUAAAAAGCCAGUAAUUCGUGCAACAGUAUCGGAAUGUGCAAUAUUCUUAUAGUAGGAGAAGUGCUGGAGUGAGUGUGUUUGUGUUAUAUCCACCCUUUUUCUGUGUAAGUAGAGAUUUUUAGUUUCUUCUGUAUAAUUAAUAUAUGAUUCAACCAGAAGCUGUAACUCAUGUAGAUUUCUGCAUUUUUUUUUCUUUUAUGUACUCCAUCGGUCCUGUGCAUGAUAUGGGCAUCCAAAUGAACAAAUUAUUAACUUAAAGUUCUGAAUUACUUUCUCUCACAAAUAUCAAGUUUUUUAGAGAGCAUUUCUUUAUGCAUUUGAGGAGAAUUGUUCACACUGAUAAAACUUUGCAGGAAUGUGACCUUUAGUAUUAAAUAUAAGAGAGUAUUAGCGAAUCCUUUAGGGAUGAUGACUGUUGGAACUUCAAGGUGGGAAGCAACUCUAGAAGCAGGAUGCAAAGAUAAAAUGUUAAUGCCUUUCUUAGUCUAGUGCAUAUUUUCUUAACUGGGGGGAAAAAAAGUGGAAACAGCAGAAUGAGCAAUUCCUAAGCAUGGGAGAAGGAAUAUUUAAAGUUCUUACUAAAACCAAAUCUGUGACUUCUCCAAAGUUAAUUUUCUCCACUUACAAACUUGAGUCCAUUCUCUAAUCCUGAAUUAGAGGAAUAAAAACUAAAAUGAGCACUGUAAAUUGUAGGAAACACAGCCACCCCAAAGUUUUAAGACUAUUUUAAGUGACUGUAUGAAUUCACCAUCCUUCAGGAUAAGCCUUUAGGUGAAAAUCUAGGGUCUUUGGCUGCUUCUAGGUUAGCUUCCCCUCUUUAAGGAUACUCCAGACUUUAUUCAUACAAAGGGUACUUGUUUUCCUUAACUAUUUAAAGUAUGAAACUAAUAAUAAAAUGAUAGGGUUGCUAGUUUUCUAGCUGGUAGUACUUCAAAAAGACUAGUCGAGUCUAGUCUAUUUUUAUCUGCUUCCAUAUUAGUUCUCUUAAUUACUUGUCAUAGGAAACCCAACAAAUACUUUCGAUUAUUCCUAUGGCUUCUCAAAGUGACCUUUCUGUUUGUUUUGGUUGUUGAUCCAAGGUAAAAUCCAAAGGAGAGCUUGUCACUAGUAUCGCAGAGCCUAGUGUAUUCUGUGGUGGGUAUGCUUUGAAUAGACUUUAGCUGAAGAAAUUCAGGCAGGCUUUCCUCAGCCAGCAGUCUUCAGUUCCAUGGCUAUCGGAACACAAGCUUGCAAAACAUGUUGUGCUUCUCACUUAUUUAGAGCUCUUGUAUGUUCUUUUCCUAUUUAUAGUGUUUGCUUCAUGGCAGGCUCUCCAGCGGAAGUCCUGAUAUAACCUUAUGACACCCCCUGACUUCAGAAGUUUCUUAUGUGCCAUCUUUGAUCUCCAUAUCUUGUGAAAAGACCCAGAAAACCCCUACUUUUUUGUUGUGUGAGGGUGAAAAAAUAGAGUUCUUAACAAUUUUUUGAAAGGCAUUUAUGCAUAUGUAGCUCCAAAUGGUUGAGUUUCUAAAACUUUACAAAAAAAUAGUGGGGUUUUUAAUGUUUGUUUUUUCCCAUAAUACUUUUGAAACACAGUAUCUAGUGGAGAUGAAAGUACUGUAAACUU